AUGGGGGAUUGGAACUUAUUAGGGAGUAUUUUAGAAGAGGUUCACAUUCAUUCCACCAUUGUGGGGAAGAUCUGGCUCACCAUCCUCUUCAUCUUCCGGAUGCUUGUGCUCGGCGUUGCAGCUGAGGACGUCUGGGAUGACGAGCAGAGUGAGUUUGUCUGCAACACAGAGCAGCCUGGAUGCAAGAACGUCUGCUAUGAUCAGGCUUUCCCCAUCUCCCUGAUCCGCUACUGGGUCCUGCAGAUCAUAUUUGUGUCUUCCCCGUCUCUGGUCUAUAUGGGGCAUGCACUGUACCGUUUGAGGACCCUUGACAAGGAGAGACACAGGAAGAAAGCCUGUCUGAAAGCUGAGCUGGAGGGGACAGACCCUGUCCUGGAGGACCAUAAGAGAAUUGAGCGAGAGCUCAGGAAAUUAGAUGAACAGAAGAAAGUAAGGAAAGCUCCCCUCCGGGGCUCCUUGCUGCGCACAUAUGUUUUCCAUAUCUUAACAAGAUCUGUUGUGGAGGUGGGCUUUAUUAUAGGACAGUUUGCUCUGUAUGGCAUCGGACUGUCCCCUCUGUACAAAUGUGAGCGGUUGCCUUGCCCCAACAGUAUUGACUGUUUUGUUUCACGGCCGACAGAGAAGAACAUUUUCAUGGUUUUCAUGCUGGUUAUUGCUGGAGUUUCUUUAUUCCUAAAUCUCCUGGAGAUUUUCCACCUGGGUGUGAAGAAGAUCAAACAGAGCUUGUAUGGAUACAAAUAUGGAGACGAUGACAGUGUGUACAGGUCAAAGAAAAACUCCAUGGUGCAGCAGGUGUGUGUGCUCUCUAACUCCUCACCACAGAGGCUGAUGCAGCUUACACAGAUGACCUGCUCUCUUGUAUCUGAUGCUCGUGGGGAGACUCUGCCACUGAGUCCAGCCCAAGUGGCUCCUCAAAAUCAGGAGAGGCCCAACAGCUCCAACCAGCAGCCAGCACAGACUUGCCCGCCAAGUCACGGUGACACCAAUGGUCUACAGCAGCAGGGGGUGGUGGAGCGGCGCAACCCUCUGGACAACAGGAAGCCCUCGUGCAGCAGCGAUGAGUCAAAUGGACCUCACUGCUCAGUCCAGCCGCGGUACGCAGGACCUCGACCCACACUGAUGGCUGGCCACAUGGAGAUCCCAGCAGCCUUGAGGAUCCCGCAGAGGAGGCAGAGCAGAGUGAGUGUUUGUAAGGAGCUCAGUGACAUGAGUGAUUCUCCUGAGAGCGACCACUUCCCCACGGCCAGGAAGUGCAGUUUUAUGUCCCGAGGACUGUCGGAGAGCAAGCUGGCCUCUCCGUCCGACAGCACCAACUCACAGAGUGGAACUGACAGCGAGGCCCAGCACCUCAACCAGGGAGAGAGUCCAAUUAUGACACCGCCACCUCCCGCCAGCGGGAGGAGGAUGUCCAUGAGCAUGAUUCUGGAGCUGUCUUCAAUCAUGAAAAAGUAAAGAGAAAAUAGACAUUUUGUGACAAAGCUAGAAGCGAAUGAGAGUUUCAAAGGGACCAAGGGAUCCUGAUCGCAUAGCGACUCUUAUCCUGUCACCCCACUUCAAUUUUGUUUUCACACUAUGUUUAGACAGUAUGUAUUGUGCAUGAACAAGAACUUCACUUCAGACAUGUUAACAUGAUGUUCCACAGACAAAAGAAGUUUGAUAAUUUACUUCAUGUACAUUACAAAUUCUAUCUCCAGUAGCUGAUUACUUACUUUGUAGGGUGGUGGGUAGUUUUAAGAGACCAUCAAUCAAACUGAAUCCAAAUUUGAUUUGGCUCAAAGCAUAUGUGAUAGCUCAUAAAAUGAGACCAAGAGCCUGUUGCAAUGAUAUUUGACUGAGGAUUGUAAUUAAAGUUUGUGGAAUUGGCAUCCACAAAAAAGAUGAGAGAACUCUCUAAACCCGUGUUUAGAAUUAUCA